GGGUUGGCCAAGAUGCUUUGCACAAGUCCCCAGCUUCAGUCCAGCACUCACGCAGACAGUCAUCCUCCACAGGCCGGUCAGCUGCAGCCAGCAUGUCGAACUCGGAGAGGGUUGUGUUGGCUCUGGGAGGAGCGGGCACCGUGGGCUCCGGGGUGGUUAAAGCCCUGCUGGACAAAGGUUUCAAAGUGGCAGUGAUCUCCAGGGAAAGCAGUCGGCUGGAGAGGCUCCAAUCAUUCGUCUCUCCCAGCACUAAGGAGAACCUCACCACUCUGGUGGGGGAUGUGGGCUCAGAGGGGGGGGCAGAGACGGUGAAGCAGGCGCUGCUGAAGGCGGUGGGGAAGGUGACAGAUGUUGUGUCCUCUCUGGGCUUCAGCUGGUGGCAGGGAGGACCCCCCCACACACAGUCCCUCAAAGACCUGCACUGGGUAGUUGAGACAUUACUUUUCAGUACAUUUGUGUCAUGGAAGGCCUUCUUCCCCUUGGUGAGGGACGACUCCAACUCUACCUACACCUUCAUCACAGGGGGAGCGGGGGAGAAGCUGCUGAUGCCUGGGACCGGCUUCCUGACCGUCGGCGCUGCCAGCACCCUGGCCUUCUGUCAGGUUCUGCGGGAGGAGUAUCCUGAGGUGCCCUGCAAACUCAACCAGGUGAAGAUCAAUGCAGGUGUAGGCACUCCAGGGCGCAUGGCCCCCGGGUUCCUGAACCACCUGGAGCUGGGCGAGGCUGUGGCCACCCUCGUGGAAAGACGAAGCCCCUCCCACUCCGUGGUCACUGUCAACUGCCCGGCAGACCUAAAGACUGUGUGUCUGGAGAGGAGCCUUUAGACACAGAACCCCCAGUGAGAUCAGCCUGCCCCCCCGGUCUGAACUCUGCACCAACACAGUCACAGUGCUCCAUUUGAUUCCUUUCUUAAAAAUCCAUGCCCAACUUUGUCUGUUGUUAGUGUAUGCUGUAUAUUAAUUUCUCUGUUCUCAGACGAUGAGCAUUGCAUGUGCUGUUGUGUUAUAUGUUGGUUAAAAAAAAGCUAAGUAUUUGUAAUAUUUACUUCUUAUUCUUUCCUGCUUUUGUAUAAAUAUUAUCACACUUG